GAACGGCCAUGCGAAAACAAAUCUAAGAGCGCAGAGGUGUUGAUGCAAAGAAUGAGGCGGUGACUGCCUGCUGCGGGAUUCGGACUUAUUGGUAGCGCGCAUCACUGUCUGCCCCUCUGCAUCUCUCGAUCUCCAAUCUACAACACGUUGUUACCAAACUUUGCAUCAUCGUCCCUCAUAAGUCAUCAUGCAUAUUCUUGUCACCAACGAUGAUGGUCCACCAUCAGAUCAGUCCUCGCCCUACGUACAUUCGCUGGUGUCAACACUACAGAAGCAUGGGCAUACCGUGUCAGUCGUUCUCCCGCAUACACAGAGGUCAUGGAUAGGCAAAGCACACCUUGUGGGCAAAUCCAUACAACCGACAUACUACCGCCCCGCGCCCCUCCAAACAAACGCUGAAGGGCGUCUCACGAACCAUGGCACAACGCACAACUCCCCUCUGCCAUCCUCGUCGAACGAAGAAGAAUGGGUGCUCGUCGACUCGACGCCUGCUUCCUGCGUACAGAUCGGUCUCUACCACUACUUUUCAGACCGCGGCCCGAUUGACCUCGUAGUCAGUGGCCCUAACUACGGUCGCAACAGCACUGCCAUCUUUUCCUUAUCGUCGGGCACAAUUGGUGGCGCAAUGGAGGCAGCAGUAUGCGGCAUGAAGUCCAUCGCCCUCUCGUACGCAUUCUUCGACCGCAACCACGACGCCAAGAUCAUCAGCGAUGCCAGCGAGCUCAGCGCUAAACUCAUAAAACAUCUGUGGGAUCACUGGGAUGCAAAUACCCACCUUUACACCGUCAACGUACCGCUGGUUGAGAACGUUGGAGAGCGCAAGAUCCUAUGGACGAACAUGCUGCAGAACUCGUGGAAGAGCGGAAGCUGUUUCCAAGUCGUCGAAGUACCGUCCGAAGCUGACGACACACCGUCAGACAUUGAGGGUCAGAUACGCAAACAAGAGGAGAAGUUUGGGAAGAAGGAGCUGAAGGCGAACUCUGAAAUACAAGGUGGAGUGUCGGGCACAGACAGUGGGCGAGAAACGCCUUCAGGUCAGGCCCAUAUGCGGUAUACACACAAGCACUUCAAAUGGGCACCGACUUUCAAAGAUGUGUAUGAGAGUGUUGAGGCCAGUGAGCCCGGCAAUGAUGGAUGGGCGGUCGCGCAGGGCUUUACCAGUGUGACUCCACUACGGGCAAACUUUAUGCAUGUGAAUGGGUUUGAGGGAGAAAUCAAGCUGGGUGCGGGGGCUUCGUAGAUUUGAAUCUCGGACAAGACGAUAAACCAUUAUGGCCAAGUGAAUGUCUUGAGCUUUCAAACUAUCCUUCGAAUCCACGGCGACUGAGUCCACAAACCAGUUAUACUUUGAAUAGGGGUUGUUUUGUGAAUGUGGAAAACAAGUUAACACUUCACUUGCAAGAAGUAAUAUCUGACCAAACUCGGGCAGUGCCAUUUGGAAUAG